UCUCACAUCAAAAACGUUCACUGUGAGCGGCUUCACCAGCUCACCAUCGUUCACACGUGGAAGGGGAUGUUGUGUUGUUGUGGUAAAGCGGCCCCGGCAUCGAUCGAGGCAACUUUCUUUGCGGUGGUUUUUGUUUCGUACCGGCCGCUAGGCCAGGUUUCUUCUAUCCAUUGGGUACGGGUUGUGCCGGCUCACUAAAGUUACGGUUGCGUCAGUCUUCUUCGAACUCGACUCGCGAUCAGACGGCGUACCGUGGGUCUUUGUUGAUCGUGCCCAUUCCUGCACGGUGUGAGUGGUUUUGUGUUUUGUACCUUCCGCGCAUUCGUGGACGGAGGGUUUUUUUGUUUGUUGUGUGCCUCACGCGGGAUCACCUGUCAUUUGUGUGUAGAGAAGCAAGCUGGAGACAGUAAGUUUGUUUCGCUUCAUUUAACUACGCCCAACCGGACGAUCGGUGAUCAGUGAUCGGUUGUAACCUAACACGUUCCGUCCAACCAUCGUAUCCGGUUGCAUCAGGAGUGAGCCUGUUAGUGUGUACGAUUAAGUGAGGAAAGGAAAAAAAAAUAAUACAAAACAGCAACUCUCCCUUGAGGGAUUCGACUACAGAGCCUUGUGUUCGUGACGGUGUUUCGCACGAUCUUUCCUAGUGAUCCUAUUGAUCGGUGCAGAAGUGAACAGGAACUGACAACUUGCAUUAAUCGUCCAUCGCCUCAAGUGUUCUCCGUGUCUACUUCACUCACUACAAUGGUGCAAGAUGUGGUGUAAACAAACACUGUUUGUGCGGUGAACGCAAGUUACUGUGUGAAGAAUUCCUUCAAGAGAAAUUACGCAAAUUCCGGUGUACAACAUAUCUGUAUAAAAGUUAAUGUUUGACGAGUUCUAUAACAGAUCUUCAAUGUUAGAAGUGUGAAAAAGUGAUACAGAAAUGAAAUCAACACCUUUGCUUCCAGCUAAGAAACAAAGUCAGGCCUUACCAUCAUCCCCAUCAUCAUCAUCGACAGUCAAUAGUUUGCGUCAUUGAACUUGAAACGAAUAACAAAAAAAACAACUGAAGUCCAGCAUCGAUCGAUCGAAAUUAUGUGUGUACGCUUCGUUGGGUUAGCCUGUUUGAUCAUCACCAACCGAUUGGAUCCGACGGAGCUGCCCAAUGUCCCGCCGUCUUCCUUAGUCUUCAAUUAACAAAAGGGCUAAAAGCGAAGAAAAGAGAGAGAGAGAGAGAGAGAGAGAGAGAGAGAGAAAGAGAGAAAUACAGAACACAGGGUAGAAACCCUCCGAAUUUCCCUCGCAAAAGGGAAUCGCCCACAUUCAACCCUCUUGCUGGUUGCUGGGAAACGUCAUCAUCAGUAAGCAACACGACAGCCGGGAUCGCGACACACACUAAAGUUCCGUUACGGUGGAUCGUCAUUACCGCCGGAUCGGCAUUUUCACAGUGGCCAUUUGGGAAACAAGUGGACCGCACUGUAAAAUCUUCAUCAAGUGCGGUCAUUUGCGGUGCAGCUGCUCAACCCCAUUACAGCAUUAAGCAUUAAGCAGACUGACCGACUGAUAGUGCGACCUCAUCGCGAUCAAGCAUUGAUUACCGAUCGAAGCGUAGCGCUGUGCGGGAACCGCGGAGUGAAGCAUAACAUUCGAGCGAAAUAUGGGUCAAGUGCAGCUGUACAGCGCGUCAAACGAGACGUUUAUGAUCCUUUCACCGAUAAAGAGUUCAGUGAUUGGUUUUCCGAAAAACGCGGGAGUGUAGUACGAUUUGCAUACCGAUUUUACCGAACAAGUGAGAUAAUUAGAAGCACGUUCGUUUGGAGUGGAUUUUAAAGAUGCUUGACACAAUUAGUGAACCAGAAUAAUUAUAGUGAGUUUUGAUAGGAUUUUAUGCUGAAAAGAAGUGAAGGAAAUCGUGUGCCAGUUUACGGUUAGGUCAGAAGUUACCUGUUUACUGAGCGUGGCUCAUUAUUAUAAACCAUGGCGAAUGCGAUCAACAACUGUGAAGUGUACUGUGCUGUAAAACGUUAUGUGCAAUGUGGUAAAAGCUGCUAACCGAAUGAAAGCAAUGGUCACGUACAAUAUGGACGGUUCGCAAAGAAUGAGCCGCCCACGACGCGGUUCGAGUGUAUCCUCCGGCUUCCGGCUAAUGGAUGCCGACCAGCUGGACGCAAUGUCCAGUAUUAGCCGUAACAGUAUAUACAAGCUGAAGAUAGAUGCAAUGUUUGACGACACGAGGUCGAUCAUAAGUCAGCGGUUAGAUGAUCGCAGCUCACAAAACGGCCGUCGCCGCUCAUCGUCGAUCAGUGGGCUGAGUCGGGGCAGUCUCGCCGGUGCCAUCAUAAACGAUCGUGACAAUCUCGACAUCAGUGCGGUGGCAAGCAGUUUGCGCGAUUUCGGUGGCACCGGCGGCGGUUCAUCGGCACUAGCUGCAGCCGGAGCUCCCGCGGGUUCGGCAAGUGCUGCGACAGCCGGGAAUGGUGCGGCGAACGGUGCUGGUGCUGGACCCGUUGCGACAGGAGCUGCUGGUGUUUCGCGCCAUGGUAGCGAUGCACGGCGGGAGAUCAGCAACAGCGUGCAGGCACAGAUCGAGCGCAUGUUUACGGACGUGGCCAAGGAGCACGGCAGUUCGGCCACGGCCAAUGUACAAAGCUUCAGCGUGCGGUGUCUAGGAUCACUACCACUGAAGGAUAAGGUGACGAGUCUCGUUGGUCUACAGGAACCGCUAAGACAGCUGUACCUAAGUGGCGCAGGACAUGGGACGCAGACGGGUGGAUCACUUGACAUCAGCCCGAUUGGGUUGCGUAUUAGGGCCGGCAGUGGCAAGGAACCGGCCGUCACACCGUUCCAAAACAUUGCCGUAUGGUCGGCGGUAAAGUUCGUCGUAUCGGGCGCUGAGGGUGGUGCCGCCUUUUUGCCACUCAUCACCGAUCCGGAAAACAUCGACAAAAGCUCAUUGUUCCGCCCGCUCAGUGCCGCCGAUAAGCGUCGGCUUUCGUCCGGCAUUCAUUCGCCGCUGUUUGCGAUCGUGAUGCGCUCCACGACCGUGCCACGCCAGCUAGAAUGCCACGGGUUCGUCUGCCAGACGCCGGAAGAUGCCAUUGUGAUUGCGGCAACGCUCUACCAAAGCCUGAUGGCUCACAUGAGCAGUGGCGAUAAUCAACGCCCAAAGCGUCCCAAGAAUCGUAAUGGCGUCAGCUGUAUGAGCAUUGCGAGCAGCACCGUGACCACCAACACCCAUGUACAGAGUGGUUCCACCAAGCUGUCCUCCCGGAGAUCAAGCGCCAGCCAGCGAAGCAUGCUGCCGCCACCACCGAGACCGCCGCGCAUGAAGCGCAGCGCAACGAGCUCACUGAGCGGCGAAAGUGAUGCCGUCGUAGGCGUCAACGAUGAUGAGUCGUCGACCGAGGAGCGGCGGAAGAAGAACGUCAAAAACAAACGGCCACCACCGAUUCCACCCAACCCACCGCGGGCAAUCUCUAACAGACCGAUGCUGGACGAGAUCUACACCGAUCGGAGCCAUUCGAAUGACGAAAAUGGCAUUGCCGCCAAGGAGGGACCGUACCCGGCGCUCACUGACAACUCGACCGGGGACAUACUGACCCGGGUGGCCAUACCGCGCUCCGGCAGCUUCCUGAAUACGGCCGGCCUAACAAGGUACAAAUCGCGCGCUACCCGGCGGCACACGGGCAAGGUGGGCGGUGGGGGCGGUUCCCCGCUCGGGUUCAGUGAGCUGUUCAACGAGUUCCGGCUGCAGGAGAAUCUGCACUCGCUGGACGAGAUCCUGAAUGCCAUAAUUAACUCGGACGGUAUGUCCUUUAACGAUCUGAAACCGAUCUACAAGGAGUUUCUGCUCAAGCUGGCGGUCACGCUGACGAAGGACGAGCUGUACCAGCGCUCGAAAAGCAUCAUGCGCCGGCAGAAGAAGAAAAAGUUGAAGCGAAGAAACAGUAACGUACAGAACCAGCGACGAAAGCUACUGAUUGGGGCCAAAGGUCUCAAGAAGGUGUUUCGGUUCGGUAAGUUUCGCAGCAAAAAAAGCACGACCAGCAACACCGGAGGAGCUCAUGCAGGGAGCGGUCAUGGCGUCGGCAACGGGCGAACUGGUGGCCACGGAAACGGAGCUGCUGGGCACGGUGGUGCACACGGCGCAGUCGGGCACGGUACGGCAACGAGUGGCCGGGUCCAUCAGCUCGCAGACCAGCUAUCACUGGAUCUUAAGGCGGCCGGAAAGAAGGACCGAUCACGAAUUGCAACUAGUGGUUCAGAAGUUUCAGAAGCUCGACAUGAGCAUACACUGACCGCGCACAACAGGAACAGCUCGAGCGGCUAUGUGUCGUGUUCGGAGUGUAGCUAUGAUUCGGAUGCCUGUACCUGUACGUCAGCCGAUCGCUGCUACUGCAGCUUGGGCGGCGAUGACAUCAAUGCCAAGCUCAACCAGGCGAGCAACCGCAGUUCGGCACCGAGCUGUCGAAGUGAGGACAAGUGUUACUGCUCGAUGGGCGAAACACCGAACGAAGAAGGUUCGACGACCUGGUGCGAUACGGACAGUUGUAUCAGCAACGAGAAGUGCUAUUGUUCGACACGCCACGGACAGGUGGCAAAGUGUGGCAGUGGAACUACAGCCGGAGUUCACAGUACGGGCAAGCUUUCCGGCACCAAGACGACGAAGGUGGACAAGCUAGCGUUGGACUACGAACUGUUCACCGUCGGUGGUAGUGGCCGUCCAGUAAAAGCAUCCGAAGCGCUUAGCGUUAAGAAAACGGUCGAGGUAGCGGCCGAGUUUGCCGAUGUGAAGCUUAGCCAGACGACGGACAUUACGAACCUGAAGGGUGAUGCACAGUCGAGCGCCACAUCCGGCAGCUCAUCGCUAGCGUCCACCACGAAGAAGUCCAGCGACCAUCGGAAUGCUUCCAGCCGUCAUCAUGGCCAUAAUCACCAUCACACGCACAACCAUCGCGAUCAGGAAAACGAUCAGAAACGUUCGAACGGUGGACAGGUGGGAGUGACCGGCGGUGGCAGCAGCAAUAACAAUCUGCACUACCACCGUCAUCACUACAGCACGAGCACGAAGAAAAAGAGCCUACCGAUGCAGCUUCCGGGCAGCGACUAUCAGUACAUCCACUCGACGCAGUCGGACCUGAUAGUGCGCAGUGGCAAGCAGGAGCUAAAGAAUCCGAAACGUAUGACCAAGUCGGAAAGCUACUAUCAAGCUGGUCGACCGGUCAGUUCUUCGCUAGGACUGGAAGAUUCGUUGGGCUAUCUGCCUUAGGAAUUGUUUUCGGGUGGAGUAGUUGUGUUAUAGUUUUUUGCUUUUUGUUUUGCUCAGUAAGCACAAGUACGAUUUUUUUCCUGAAAGUAAACGGCAAAUAUCACCUCGAACCGAUCCGUUACAAAGACCGGAAUCCGUUGGAGGACACAAUCUGUUUACUCUCAGUGAAGAUAAGCAUUCCUUCUUCUUUGGUUUUGUUUCUUUGCCCACCAUUGCGCUCCUAUUUCCUAUUCCAAUAGUUUAAGACUCUUUUCGUGGCGCAUUUACAAGCAUUGGAUUAUUGGCAGACAUGUUUGCAGUUCUUUUGGGAGGAUUUUUCUGAUGCCUCCAGUAGUUAGUGUAAUGUUUGUCAUUACUGGGUACAUUUGCCCAGGUAAUUCGUUGGAGAUUGUAAUUCACCAACAUUAUUCUCAUUUUAACAUACAAACUAAGACAACACAAAAAAGCAUGCUGCUCGGGCAGAUUAUGGACUCUAAGCGGACACUAGCGUUGGAUGCGCGUUGCUGCACUUUUCUUGGGAUGGUUUUAACCGAAUUAGACCUACUGUAAGCUGUACAAUUGUGGUAACGGUUGGGUAACUGCUAGCAGAGUUGAUUUAUUUUAAUGUGAAGACAAAAGAAAACCGGACACAUACGUAGCACUUUGUAGUUUUUCACACUAGACUAAGAACACGGUACGGUACAACAUUAAUGUUUGGAUUAUUUACCGAAGUACGAGCUGAAAUCUUGACUCCUUACAUCAACUUACGGUCCUUACACACAAAUGGCAAGUGUUUGCAUAACGUUCCAGUUGCACUUCGAUCGGAUCCCAGCUAUUGGUAACAUACGAUAAGAAUCCUUCUGUAGCACGACUGAACAAAGGAAAAGACUUACUAUUUAUUUUAGGAAUACUUUAAAAACAAAACACAGACACCUACACACAAUCUUCGUGCAAUAUAUAAGUUUCGUGGUAAAUGGAACCCGGUGCAAUAAUUAAAAGGGCUAACGUUUUGUGCAAUCAACGAUGCUAUUCGCAAGCUGAAUCAAUGAUAAGCUGUAGGUAACAGUAUGGGAAAUAUAGUGAUAAGUAUGGAAAACAAUCGUAGUGCAAUAAAACAUCUUUAAUUAAUAAAAAUUA